AUGGCCGCUACAAACUCCAUUACGGACGUAACAAACGAAGGAGAGCUCCGGAAGAAGCUGGACCACAUCUUUAGCUCUCCCGCCGCCCAGGGUGUUUGCUAUUCGAUGGAAAUAGCAGCCAAGGAUGACUUCGAUAUUGGCCUGCUGGAACGCUUAACACCUCAGCCGGUCUUCUGUUCGCUUCCCUGGAUUUCGGACGAUAAUCUUCGCUACUCCGAGGACUUUCUUCGUGCGCCGACUAUGCAGCUAACUGAACAACUUCGCAAAGCGCACUACACCGUCGUCAAUCAUGUGUCCUGCUACAACAUAACGGGGCAACAGGUGGACGGAUUGCUCGCGUCCGGCGUUAAGAAUCUUUUCGUGAUUCGUGGCGAUACCGUGCAGGAGGAGCAGCAAUUUCAACACUCUGCCGAUUUGGUUCAAUAUCUCCGAAAGCAGGCGACAACCCUUCCCCGGCUUACGCUCGGUGUUGGCGGCUACCCGUACGGUCAUCAUCAAUCACUCUCGCAGACGGAAGAGUUAAAUCAUCUUAAGGCAAAGAUCGAUCACGGUGUUGACUUUCUGCUAACUCAAACUUUGUACGAUGCCGGUUCCUUCUUUCGCUACCGAGAAAAGUGCAGACAGGUCGGCAUCACCAUUCCCAUUAUACCGGGCAUUUAUCUUCCACACUCCUAUCGUCAUCUACAAAUCAUGCUGAACUUGACUAGGAUUUCUCUGCCACCGGAAGUAGAUGGCGCAUUCGCAGCCCACGCCAACGAUACACCGGAACAGUUUGAAGCGUUUGUGGUGGACUACUUCACUGGAGUGCUGCGCGAACUGCUGGAACCGAAUCGGGCGGCGCCGCGUGAUCCGAUAAAGUUGGUGCACUUUUUCUCAUUCAAUAAGUUCCCGCUCAUCCAAAAGAUGCUUCAAAAGAUGAAUGAUUUUAUCCACUGA